AUGGCUUUAACAGUGGCAGUAGCCGGUGCAACUGGCGCCGUCGGAAAAACGAUUGUGGAGCAGAUCCUAAAGGAGAACAAGUACUCAGUGGUUGGACUGACACGAACGGAACACGUGGAAUCGCCAAUUGACAACGUACAAUAUGUACAGACCGACUAUGAUGAUCACGCGGCGCUGGUGCAGCAAUUAGAGCGCCAUGCAGUCCAGACGGUGAUCUGCGCCAUUGGCAUGUUAGGAGAUGAUUGCUCCCAAGCCCAAGUCAAUUUGAUUAAAGCCGCCGAUGAGGCAACCUCAGUGCAAAGAUUCAUCACGAGUGAAUUUGGUUACUUUACACGCGAAGAGCGACGGCAUGUUGAUCCAGGGCUUGACUGGUUCCUUGAGGCUGCAGAACUUCUGAAGAACAGCAAGCUGACCUACACGCGCCCUGUUUGUGGUGCAUUCAUGGAUUUCCUGGGAAUUCCGCACGCUCGAUCAAAUAUUGCCCCAAUGAACAUUGCGGUUGAUGUGCAGAAUCGAGAAGCCUGUAUUCCUGGGGAUGGAAACAUCCCUAUCACUAUGAUUUACAGCUAUGAUGCUGCGACGUUAGUGGCCAAGCUGCUAGAAGUCGACGAAUGGUCUGAAUUCAGCUUUUGCAAUGGCGAUGACACUACUCUGAGUGAGGUUUUGAGGAUGGCGGAAGAGCUCUGCGGCGAGAAGUUCAAAGUCACCUAUCUGAAGGCCGAGGACGUCGAGAAAGGCGAUAUCCCUAUACUGAAGGUUCCUGACGGAAGUGGCAUUCAGCCGAAUGAGCUGUUAGACUACAGUCUGUUCGGCUAUCAUCUUUACCUCGCACGAGGUUUCCAAUUACCCGAAGACCAGCGCAUUGGAAACAAAUUCCCCGGCUUCAAGCCGAGGACUGUCCGGGAAUUCUUAGAAGCCACCUGGAGACCUCAUUUAUAG